AUGACAACUAUAACACCAGAUAGAAAUAAUAUAGAAGAGGAACAAAAACAACAAUCAGAACAGCAGAUUAAGCAAACAGAUGAUUGUUCAUUGGUAUCAAAAAAAUUUACUAGUUAUCAUAGAUUGAUAAAUUAUUUUAUAGUGUGUGGAUUGGGUAGAUCUAUUGUUGUUAAUGACAUUAAUAAACCGUAUCAAACAGAAAUAUUAGAUAGAUAUCCACAUCAUAGCUACGAGGAUGCAGUAUUACCACAGCAUAUUUGGAUGUUCAGUUUUCCAUCUGGAUUAUGGGUAAAAGAAACAAUGGAGGAACCAACUAUAUCCGCAUUUUGUUUAACCGAGUUAGAUGGUGCAAGAUUUUAUGCUACUUCAUUAACAUAUUAUAAAGAAAUUGAAGAUUCAAAAAUGGAAAAUGAAGAUUAUCAAGUAUUAUUUAAACCAGUUUCAAUAACAUUAUUAUCAAGAUAUCCAUGUUAUAGUAUUUUAAAGAAAUUAUUAUGUUAUAUUUAUUUAUACAGUAUAAAUAAUGGAAUGGAUGAAAGCAAUACUAUACCAAUCGAAAGAAUAGUAUCACAUCUAAUUAACGAUUUACCUAGACCUAUAUUGGGAUAUCGUUUUAAUUUAAAUUUACCAGAAAUUAUCACAUUAAAUCAUAAACAUUCAAUCGGUAUUAAAAAUGCAAAGAUUGUUGAUACAAAUAAUUUAAAUUAUACAUUAUCAAAUUUACCAAAUUUUCCACAAACUGAUAUACCAUUUACAUUAUUAUUCAAUUUGGUUGGAGUAAAUAAUGUUUUAUUAUUGUUUUCAGCAAUUUUACAAGAAAGAAAGGUUUUGUUUUUUUCAACUUUUAAUUCAUUAUUAACAGUGGCAUGCGAAACAAUAUUAAAUUUAUUAUAUCCUUUCAUAUGGCCACAUGUAUAUAUACCGGUAUUACCAGAUUUAUUGGUCGAUUUCUUACAAGCACCAACACCCUUUAUAGUCGGUAUGGUUAAACAUAAAAAUCUACCAAAAAUUGAUUACUCUGAUAUUUUAGUUAUUGAUUUAGAUAAACAAAAUAUAAUUUCAAAACCAGAUAGUUUUAACAAUAGUUUACCAGAAAUUUAUUUUAACAAAUUGGAAAAAUCAAUUAAAAAAAUAUUAUAUCCAGAGUUGGAAUCAUUAUAUUUAGUAUUUCCAAAUGAUAUAGAAAAUAAUAUUAAUAAUAAUAAUAGCAACAAUAAUAGUAAUAGUAUAAAUAAUAGUAAUAUUAAUAAUAGUAAAAUUGAUAAUAAUAUUAAAAUUAGAGCAACAUUUCUGGGAUUCUUUAUAUCAUUUUUUUAUGAUAUUGACGAUUAUCGUUAUUUGUUAAGAAAAUAUCCAAAACCAAUAUUGACAUUUAACAAAUCAUCAUUUUUAAUGAAGCACAAAGAUCCAGAAAUUGUAAACUUUUUAUCAACAUUAAUUGAAACAUCAGCCAUAACAGCAUUUUUAGAUGGAGAUCAACAGCAACCAAUAAAUCAACAAGAAAUAAAUAACAAUAAUAGUAAUAAUACAUCAAAUAAUAAUUAUUGUACAUUAUUUUUUGAUUUAGUUUGUAAACAGUAUAAAGAGGAUUUAGAGGUUUCGCCAUUUACCGCUAAUGCUUAUGAAUCAAUUAUAACAUGUAUUUGUAAUUAUAGUCAAAAUUUCCCGCAAUAUUCAAAAUCUAUUGAAAUACCCAAACCAGAUGGUUCAGAAUUAAACCCACUUUUAUCAAAUCCACCACAUCCAAGAUUACAGUUCCCAGAUUUAAAUAAAUCAUUAUUUUCAAAAAGAAAUGAAUUUUCAAGAGAGAGUUUAAUGUUAAAAACAAUAAUUUUUAAUGAUAAUAAAUUAAAAUCAGUUAAAGUACCAUCAUCAGCAUCAACAUCAAUAAUAAAAAGUCAAUCAAAAGAGAAUAUUAACAAUUUAUUAUUUUCACCAAAAUCAACUACAACAAAUAUUACCACAACAUCAUCAUCAUCAAAUUCAUCAUCAACCUCAAAUACACCAGUUAAAAGAGGUUCAAUUUUAGUAGCUUCUUCAAGAAUUUUAUUAAAUACAACAACAACAACAACAGCAACAACAGCAGAUAAUAAUGAAUCAUUAUCACAUUCGCCAUCAUCAGAUUCAACAUUAUUAAAAUUUACAAAAUUAAAUGGAGAAGUUGAACCAGUUACAAACUCUAAUCAAUUGGAGGAUGAAGAGUUAUUAAAAGAAUUUAUUGAAAAGUAUACAGAAUUAAUAUUUUCAGAUGAUUUCUUAGUAAAUGUUUCACCAAAUAGUAAUCAACAAAAUCAAAAUCAACAACAAAAAAUUUUAAAUAUAGAUUUCGAACAACAAAAAUUAUUAUUAGAUUUAUUUAAAUUAAAAAACAGUAGAGAAUAUUUUAUGAAUUCAUUAUCAAUUUAUUUAAAUGAAGAUAAUAAUAAAUCAUAUUGUCUGGAUAGUGGUUGGAGAUUAUUAAUAUUGGUAGAAAUUAUGAAAAAGAUUUUUAACGAAUGUAAUAAUGCCGCAGAUUUUAAAACCGCUUCAAAUAUUUUACAAAUUACCAAGGAUGUUUAUUUUAGAAAGGUUAGUGCUAAUCAACAACAAACUCAACAGGAACCAUUGUUUCAACAUUUUCAAGGUGUGGUGUUAUGGAAAAAUCUUUUUUUCUGGGAAUCAUCCUUUUUAGAUGGUUUAAAGAAAUUAAGGGUUGAAAGUUUACCGGAUCACUAUAAUAAUCAUCAAUUUAACGAUUAUGAUUUAAAGAGCCAACAAGAACAAGCCGAUUAUACAAAAAGAGAAGAAGAUGUACUCUUUAACUGUCUUUCAUCUUUUUCAUAUUUAAUGAUUAGAUUAAAAAUAUCAAUUGCCGAAGUUACAAGAUUUAUAGGUAGAAUGGUUGUAAUAUGUAAUAUCAAUGAUGAUCACUAUCAAACUUUAAUAUCGCUAGUACAUAAAUUAUAUCAUGCCGAUCCUUCAAAUUUUGAUCAUAAUAAAAAUAAUAAUAAUAGUAAUGAUAAUAGUAAUGAUAAUAGUGAAAAAGAUGGUGCUGGAUCAAAUUCAAAUAGUUUUAUUGAGGGAUAUAAUAGUAAUAACGAUGAUAUGAUUAAAAAUUCAGAAAUUUCAAAUAUUAUAGAGUAUAAUAAGAAUAGUUUUAAAAUACCAGAUUUAUAUGAAGACAGUUCAAUUUCAGAUUUAGUAGGUGGUGAUAUCAAAUAUUUUACAUCAACAGUAAAAAGAAAUAUCGAUAUUGAAAAAAAUGGAUCAAGGUUAUAUUAUCAAAAACUAAUUGAAAUGAAAAGAAAUAUAAUUAAAAAUGGAAAUGGUUUAUUUGAUGAAAAUAGUGAUUUUAUCAAUGGAAAUAAAUUAUUUUUAUCAAGUUCAACAAACAAAACUGGUUUACCACAAUUUUCAACUAUAAAUGUAAAUAAUAGUAAUAAUGGAGUUGCAAAUUUAAAUGGUUCGUUUGGUAAUUUAAAUACAACUAAUACUAGUCCAAAUAGUAGUUUAUCAACAUCUUUAAAUUCACAAUCAACAAAUUUAUCAUUAUCGUUAAAUUCAAUUGAUUUGGUUCAACAACAACAGGAUUCAAUAGUGUAUGAUAAGAAGGAUGGCUACAGUGUUAUGACAUUAAAGGGCAGUGGAUCAGCAAUUCAAUGUAUUUCAAUGAUCAAUAAACGUCAGGUAAUUGUAGGUGGUUGUACUAAUGGUUCAAUUGUAGUUUGGAACUACAAUGAUGGUAAAUUAUUACAACGUCUUAGUAACCAUAAAAAAGGUGUUUCUUGUAUUGGUGUGGAUCAAUCAAUCGAUUCAAUGUUUGCUUCUGGUUCUCGUGAUAAGACUUUGCGUAUUUGGAAUUAUAAUGGUAGUGAUGGAUUUGUUUGCUCUUCAACACUUCAAGAGCAUAGUUCAGAUGUCUCUUGUUUGGAAAUGAAAGGAAAUAUGGUUUUAACAGGUUCUACCGAUUCUACAAUGAUUGCAUGGGAUGCUAGAUCAAAUAGAAAGAUAAAUCAAUUCACUGGCCACACUGGUCAAAUUUUAUCGAUUGCAAUGUUUGAAACAGGCAAUAUGGCCUUAACAACUUCAUCAGAUACUACCGUUAGACUUUGGGAUAUUCGUAAUAUGAAGCCACUUCAGGUAUUCAGUGAACACAAUGAUUGGGUUACUAAAGCAGUUAUUGGAAAUAAUGGCCAAACUAUAUUCUCUGGUAGUUUUGAUACAAUGGUUAAAAUGUGGGAUAUCAAUACACCAAAAUCUAUUAAAACUUUUUCAGGUCAUGCUGGUGGUAUCAAUUGUUUGGCCUACGAUAGCGAAAAGAAAAUUCUAGUUAGUGGUGGAGGCGAUGGUUAUGUAAAAGGUUGGGAUGUUCAAACUGGUUUUGCAAUUAAAUCGUUUAAGGGUCACAAGGAUGAGGUUUUACAAAUUCUCUAUGAAGGUGAUACUAUGAUUACAAGCUCUCAAGAUCAAACCAUUCGUAUUUGGGAUAUGAAUAGCGGUCUUUGUCAAAAGGUUUUAAGAGGCCACACCGAUUGGAUUUGUUCUUUAGCCAAUGGUUAUGAUAGUGUAAAGUUAAAUAAAUUCAUUUCAGGUUCUUGGGAUUCAACUGUUAAAGUUUGGGAAAUAGAAAAAGAGAAUCAAAAUCAAAAUAGUGGUUAUGUUAGUAGCAGACAGGAUAGUGAAAAAAAUAGAAUAGCUAGUGUAUUAAGUCAUCAACCUUUAACAUUAUCAUCAUCAUCAUCAUCAUCAUCAUCACCCCUAUCAUCAACUCAAGCAAAUACUUUAAAAAAAUCAUUAAAUAAUAGUAGUGGUGGCGGUAGUGGUUCGACUAUAUUUAAAAAAUCAAAAGGAUCUGUUAUAUUAAUGUCAUCAUCACCAAACAUUACAACCACAACACCCACAAACAAUUCAAAUAAUAGUACUACAACACCAUCAACAACGAUUAUAGGUAAUAAAUCAAUUAGUAUCGGGAGCGCAGCCAGUAGUGUAAAUAGUAAUUUAAGUAGUUCAAGUAGCACAAAUAGUAGUAGUGGAGGUAGUUUAUCUAAUGAUGUACCAGUUGGAAGUAUUUCAUCUCUUUCAUCAUCUAUUUCCUCAUUAUCUUCCUCAUCAUCAUCGAGUGUAACAUCAUCUUGGCAGAUUGGUUCACCAACUAAUAAACCAAAAAAAAAUUUAAUCUAAAUAAAUAAAAUUUUUUUUUAAUAAUGAG